GUGGAUUCUUUGAGCCGUUAUUAGAUCUCUGCCGCCUACAAUAAUGGGGAGCUUAUCUUCUGAGGAAGACGACCAAGUCUCUUCCGAGAGAUGCGGAAGUUACAGUCCCAGCGCCGACAUUAGCGAGUCCGAGAGUUCCAGCAGCUUCUCCUGCCACCGCUUCGACGGCGAGGGACCCUCUAGCUCCAUCCCUUCUUCCCCCCGGGUUGUCGCUGGGAGAGGCUUUUACUUCCCGCCGCCAGUUAUGCUUCCGGUGAUCGGCGGCAAAGAUGUGCUCUGGGAUGACAAACAGUCAGACAACAACGAUUUCUCCGAAAUUGAGAUGAUGAAGGAGAGAUUUGCUAAGCUACUUCUCGGAGAAGACAUGUCAGGAGGAGGUAAAGGUGUUUGUACGGCGCUUGCUAUCUCCAACGCCAUCACCAAUCUCUCUGCGACUGUGUUCGGCGAGCUUUGGAGGCUUGAGCCUCUUGCUCCUCAGAAGAAGGCUAUGUGGCGUAGAGAACUUGAAUGGCUCCUCUGUGUUAGCGAUUCUAUCGUUGAGCUCAUUCCUUCCAUUCAGCACUUCCCCGGAGGCGGCACUUAUGAGAUCAUGGAGACCCGUCCACGCUCUGAUCUCUAUGCCAAUCUCCCUGCUCUCAAGAAGCUCGAUGCUAUGUUGAUCGAUAUGCUUGACGCUUUCUCCGAUACUGAGUUCUGGUAUACUGAUCGCGGCAUUGUUCUUGGAGAAUGUGACAAGGAUUCUUACAAUUCUCCAGCUUCCGUUAGGCAGGAGGACAAGUGGUGGCUGCCUUGCCCUAAGGUUCCGCCUAACGGUUUGUCAGAAGAGGCCAGGAAGAAACUGCAGCAGUGUCGGGACUUUGCUAACCAGAUUCUCAAGGCUGCAUUGGCAAUUAACAGCGGCGUGCUCGCCGAAAUGGAGAUUCCCGACCCUUACUUGGAGACUUUGCCCAAGAGCGGGAAGGAAUGUCUUGGAGAGAUCAUCUACCAGUACUUAACUGCAAACAAGUUCUCUCCCGAAUGUCUUCUGGACUGUCUUGAUCUCUCAUCCGAACAUCAGACUCUUGAAAUCGCCAACCGGAUUGAGGCGGCUGUGCAUGUUUGGAGACAGAAGAAUGGGAGGAGGCACAAGAAGCAGGCGAAACUAAAGCUGUCUUCAUGGGGUGGCAAGGUUAAAGGCCUUGUUAAUGACUCCGAAAGAAAUGAUUUCCUUGUGCAGAGAGCCGAGACCCUCUUGCAGAGUCUGAGGAUUCGUUUCCCGGGUCUUCCCCAGACAACGCUGGACAUGAACAAGAUUCAGUACAACAAGGAUGUAGGGCAAUCAAUUCUGGAGAGUUACUCGAGGGUGAUGGAGAGCAUGGCCUUCAACAUCACGGCCAGAAUAGAUGAUGUGCUUUAUGUUGAUGAUGCGAUGAGAAGAUCCGUCUCUGUCACGGAAACGCUAUCCCUAUUCGGCAUCAAUGGACUCAACGCUCAGAAAGCGUUCUCUGUGCAGAGCUCUCCGCAUGGUUCACCAUUUGCAACGCCUUCCCUAAGUGUAGCAUCGAGGAGCCCGAGGAGAGCACCACCGCUGUAUUCAGUGAAGAGGAAUGGGACGAGAGAGAAGGGAAUAGUGGGGGAAACAGAGAAAGGAUGGUCGGAAGACGAAGAAGACAAAGUUGGAAGCGAGAGAGGGUUUAGAGUGAUGGAGCAAAGUAGCGGGAGACUCAUCAAUCCGGAACAGGCCAACAACGUCUUGGGGAGGCUUGUCGGGAGCAUCGUGGAGAAAGGAGUAUCGGAGAAUAAGCCGCCAAACAAGCCGCUUCCCCCAAGACCCUCCCUUCUUUCCUUCCCCGUCGCUCGUCAUCGUUCUCACGGACCCCAUUGGGCUCCUGUGGGAAGCAGCAUUGCACAACCUAAAGAUAACGAUGAGGAAGAAGAAGAAGAAGAAGAACGUUUCAUGAAUGCAGACUCCGUUGCUGCUUUUGCUAAACCGCUUCAAAGAAAAGAGAAGAAAGACAUGGAUCUCCGGAGGUGGAAAGAUAUGCUCUCUAGGGAUGAUCCUGCAUCCACACAUGGCCCUCAGCAAUCAAGGAGAGUUAAGAUCAUUGAAACGAGGCCCCUCUCUGUUGCUUCAGCCGAUGCGGCCGCUACAUCCAGCAACACUUUACUGGCCCAAAAACCUGCCAGGGCAUCAUACCAGAGAGACAUUGUUUCUGAUAAAGCACCGUUUCUCAAAACUCUAGGAACCAAGGAAAGGCUUCCUUUAAACGCUUCUCCUCCCCUAGCUGUUUCUUCCUCCCCAUCCAGUGGACUUGGCACUAGACAGGCGUCUUCCUCUCUUGAGAGUGAUAUUGAUGUUGAGAACCAUGCAAGGUUGCAAACAAUGUCCCCUGAAGAGAUUGCUGAGGCACAGGCUGAGUUAUUGGACAAGAUGGAUCCUGCACUACUCUCCAUUUUGAAGAAACGUGGUGAGGAAAAAUUGAAGAAGCGAAAGCAUUCAGUACAGGGGGUUUCCAUUACCCAUGAGACAGCAAAGAAUUCAAGAACUGACGGUCAUUUUGUCACUCCUGAAGUGAUGGCAAUACCAGAAGAAAAGAGUGUGCUGCAAAAGUCAGCGAUAUCUCAAGGAUUUGUGUGGGAUACAUGGACUGAGAGGGUUGAGGCAGCCAGGGACUUGAGAUUUUCUUUUGACGGGAAUGUUGUUGAGGAUGAUGUUCUUGUCUCGUCAGCUGAAACUGGUGGAAAGUGGUCUGGCGUUGAAUCUGCUGCCGAACGUGACUUCUUGAGAACCGAGGGAGAUCCUGGGGCAGCAGGGUACACCAUCAAAGAAGCUAUUGCUCUUGCACGAAGUGUGAUUCCCGGGCAGAGAAGCCUUGCUUUGCAUCUGCUUGCAUCUGUACUCGACAAAGCUUUGAACAAACUUUGUCAGAGCAGAAUAGGCUACACAAGGGAAGGAAAAGAUAAAGCCACUGAUUGGGAAGCCAUCUGGGCAUAUGCCCUUGGACCGGAACCUGAGCUUGUCUUAGCAUUGAGGAUGGCUCUUGAUGACAACCAUGCCUCUGUUGUUCUAGCAUGUGUAAAAGUGAUUCAGUGUCUACUGAGCUGUUCUCUUAACGAGAACUUCUUUGAUAUUUUGGAGAACAUGGGACCACACGGGAAGGAUAUCUUCACGGCCUCGGUGUUCAGGAGUAAGCCGGAAAUUGAUCUUGGCUUCCUCCGUGGUUGCUACUGGAAGUACAGUGCUAAACCCUCCAAUAUUGUUCCUUUCCGUGAAGAAAUCAUGGAUGACGGGACAGAAGAUACGGAUACAAUUCAGAAAGAUGUUUUUGUAGCCGGACAAGAUGUUGCUGCUGGUCUUGUCAGAAUGGAUAUCCUUCCAAGAAUUUAUCAUCUUCUGGAGACAGAACCAACAGCAGCGCUUGAGGACAGCAUAAUCUCUAUCACUAUUGCGAUAGCAAGGCAUUCUCCAAAAUGCACAACUGCAAUCUUGAAGUAUCCCAAAUUUGUGCAAACGAUUGUGAAAAGCUUCAAAUUGAACAAAAGAAUGGACGUUCUUCCUUCUCAGAUCAAUUCUGUCCGCCUCUUAAAGGUGUUGGCCCGGUAUGAUCAAAGUACUUGCAUGGAAUUUGUGAAGAACGGGACUUUCAAUGCGGUCACGUGGCAUUUGUUUCAGUUCACCUCCUCUCUUGACUCAUGGGUGAAGCUAGGGAAGCAGAACUGCAAGCUUUCAUCUACUUUGAUGGUUGAACAGCUCCGGCUUUGGAAGGUCUGUAUCCAUAGUGGCUGUUGCGUAUCUCGCUUCCCAGAGCUAUUCCCAGCUCUGUGUCUGUGGUUGAGUUGUCCAUCAUUUGAAAAGCUCAGGGAGAAAAAUCUCAUCAGCGAGUUUACUUCUGUGUCAAAGGAGGCCUACCUGGUCCUUGAGGCUUUUGCCGAGACACUUCCUAAUAUGUACUCACAAAACACUCCACGGAACGAAUCUGGGACAUGGGACUGGAGUUAUGUUAGCCCUAUGAUUGAUUCAGCACUGAGCUGGAUAACAUUGGCCCCUCAAUUACUCGAAUGGGAGAAAGGAAUCGAAAGUGUCUCUGUAUCCACUACUUCUCUGUUGUGGUUGUAUUCAGGUGUCAUGCGUACAAUUUCUAAAGUCCUUGAGAAAAUCUCUGCCGAGGGAGAGGAAGAACCUCUACCAUGGCUGCCGGAGUUUGUUCCAAAGAUUGGCCUUGCCAUUAUCAAGCACAAGCUUCUUAAUUUUUCUGUUGCAGACGUAAGUAGGCUUGGAAAAGACUCCUCCAGGUGUUCCUCUUUUAUGGAAUUUUUGUGUUUUCUGAGAGAACGAUCUCAAGAUGACGAACUAGCAUUAGCUUCUGUGAGUUGUCUUCAUGGGUUAACACGGACUAUCAUGUCCAUCCAAAAUCUGAUAGAAUCUGCUAGAUCGAAGAUUGAAACUCCUCAUGAGGAAAGUAUUUCCACUAGAGAUGAAUCUGUGCUUGCAAAAGGAAUACUGGCAGAGUCUCUGGCUGACCUAACAUCUGUGUCGAGCUCUUUUAGAGAUUCUGUUUCAUCAGAAUGGCCCAUCGUGCAAUCCAUUGAGCUACAUAAACGAGGCGGAUUGGCUCCCGGCGUUGGACUUGGUUGGGGAGCUAGCGGUGGUGGGUUUUGGUCAACCAGAGUUCUGUUGGCACAGGCUGAUGCCGGUCUUCUGAGUCUCUUUCUUAACAUCUCUCUGAUGGACUCGCAGAACGAUCAGGGAUCUGUUGGCUUAAUGGAUAAAAUGAACUCCGCUUUAGCUAUGUGCUUGAUUGCAGGUCCAAGGGAUUAUUUACUCGUGGAAAGAGCCUUUGAAUAUGUCCUUAGACCGCAUGCUUUAGAGCACCUGGCCUGCUGUAUCAAGUCAAACAAAAAAAACAUAUCGUUUGAAUGGGAAUGCAGCGAAGGGGUCUAUCAUCGUAUGAGCAGUAUACUUGCUUCUCACUUCAGACAUAGAUGGUUACAGCCAAAGGGAAAAUCAAAAGCAGAGAAAGGGGUCAGUGGGGUAAGGAAGGGCACAGUUGGUCUGGAGACUAUUCAUGAGGACGGUGAAAUGCCAAAUUGUUCAACUCAGGAUAAAAAAUCGGACUCCUCGACCAUAGAGUGGGCUCACCAGAGAAUGCCCCUACCUCCACACUGGUUUCUCAGCGCCAUCUCAGCAGUCCACAGUGGGAAAACCUCAACAGGGCCACCAGAAUCCACGGAGUUGCUUGAAGUUGCAAAAGCUGGAGUUUUCUUUCUUGCAGGACUUGAGUCAUCGUCUAGUUUUGGAUUGCUUCCGUCUCCUGUUGUGAGUGUGCCGUUGGUUUGGAAGUUUCACGCUUUGUCUACCUUGUUACUUGUUGGAAUGGACAUCAUCGAAGACAAGAACACUGGGAACUUGUACAGUUUUCUGCAGGAGCUCUAUGGGCAUAUUCUUGAUGAAGCGAGACUAAAUCACCGUGACAUUGAGCUCCUGAGGUUCAAGUCAGAGAUUCACGAGAACUACUCUACUUUUCUGGAGAUGGUCGUGGAGCAGUAUGCUGCGGUGUCAUAUGGUGAUGUAGUAUAUGGGCGGCAGGUCUCGAUUUACCUGCAUCAAUGUGUGGAACACUCUGUUCGGCUUUCGGCAUGGACGGUCCUCUCCAAUGCCCGUGUUCUCGAGCUUCUACCGAGUCUAGACAAGUGCUUGGGAGAAGCGGAUGGUUACCUUGAACCGGUUGAGGAAAACGAGGCCGUCAUUGAGGCCUACCUGAAGUCAUGGACUUGUGGAGCAUUGGACAGAGCUGCGAUGCGUGGAUCAGUAGCCUAUACACUGGUUGUGCAUCAUUUUUCAUCAUUAGUCUUGUGCAACCAAGCCAAGGAUAAAGUAUCCCUGCGGAAUAAGAUUGUUAAGACUCUUGUCAGAGAUUUAUCCAGAAAGAGGCAUCGUGAGGGGAUGAUGGUAGAUCUCCUGAGGUAUAGUAAAGGGUCUGAGAACGCCAUGGAAGAAGAGAAAAGAAUGGAGGUGUGGAAAGAGGGUUGCGAAGGGAACUCGACCCUCCUCUCGGAACUGGAGAAGCUCAAAUUGGCCGCUCUCUGUGGAAGAAGAUCCUCCUCCUUCUCAGAGGCGAUGUUGUUUAGUGGUGGUUCAGCAGCGAUCCCAUUAAUAAUGCCCAGCAGCUUCUGCUCUCCCCCCACUCUCCUUCCUAUGAAACUCUCUGCCGCAGCAAUUCGAUCCUCAUCCUCUUCCUCGGGGUCGUUGAAUUUCGAUCUGAGGACGUAUUGGACGACUCUGAUCACCGAGAUCAACCAGAAGCUGGAUGAGGCCAUACCGGUCAAGUAUCCUGCCGGGAUCUACGAGGCUAUGAGAUACUCUGUCCUCGCACAAGGCGCCAAGCGUGCCCCUCCUGUGAUGUGUGUGGCGGCCUGCGAGCUCUUCGGUGGCGAUCGCCUCGCCGCUUUCCCCACCGCCUGUGCCCUAGAAAUGGUCCACGCGGCUUCGUUGAUACACGACGACCUCCCCUGUAUGGACGACGAUCCUGUGCGCAGAGGAAAGCCAUCUAACCACACUGUCUACGGCUCUGACAUAGCCCUUCUCGCCGGUGACGCCCUCUUCCCUCUCUGCUUUCACCACAUUGUCUCCAACACGCCUCCUGACCUUGUUCCCCCAGCCACCAUCCUCAGAAUCAUCGCUGAGAUUGCCCGCACCGUCGGCUCCACUGGUAUGGCUGCAGGCCAGUACGCGGACCUUGAAGGAGGCCCCUUUCCUCUUUCCUUUGUUCAGGAGAAGAAAUUCGGAGCCAUGGGGGAAUGCUCUGCCGUCUGCGGAGGCCUCUUGGGCGGUGCCACUGAGGAUGAGCUCGAGAGUCUCAGAAGGUACGGGAGAGCCGUCGGGAUGCUCUAUCAGGUAGUGGAUGACAUCACCGAGGAGAAGAAGAAGACCAACAACAAUGGAGCAGGGAAGGCAAUGGAAAUGGCGGAAGAGCUCAAGGAGAAGGCCAAGAAGGAGCUUCAAGUGUUUGACAACAAGUAUGGAGGAGGAGACACACUUGUUCCUCUCUACAACUUCGUUGACUACGCUGCUCAUCGACAUUUUCUUCUUCCCCUCUGAAUUUUGGGCCUCUCUUUUCCAUAUGGGCCUUCCUUCGCUAUAAGAAAUUAGGCCUUUCACCCUUCUAAUGGACUCUUGUGUAUCUUUAGCCCAUAGCUUCUUGGGCAUUUCCGCUCCAUAUGUCAUUAUCAUUUACUUACAUAAUAAAACCAAGUUAAUUUA